UAAUGAGGAGCCGCAGCUCCGAGGACCCAGUCCGACCUUGUCUGACUCUCAGCCCGGCCUCCGCUCGGCUUGCAGAGGGGUGGAUAUCUGCUGAACCGCGGAGGAAAACCCCUUCAGACGCGCGCAACUUUGCCUUUCAUUCAUCCAUCUCCAGUCGCUGCUCCUCUGCGCCUGGGAACAAGCUCAACUACUUCAGCUUCUUCCGCAUAUUGAAUUUCUCUCCCCAGCAGUUCUCCCUGCAAGGAUUCGGGAAAAGAAGACGGUUUUAAACCUAAAUCGCAUUUUUUGUUUCUCUCCGAUAGAUUUUUCUUAGUUUGUUUCAUCUUUUUCUUCCCCUUGCAGAGGAUUAAUUAAUUGCGCUCAGCCUUAGCGCAGGGUUGGAUGAUCUUUCCCUGUGCGCCCUACAGUACCACUCCAUUUGGACCACAAUGCAUCCUAUUUAGGAAAGGCUCUGAUUUCUAAAGUGUCGCAUUUAGGAAUGGCGAACGACUGCAACCGCAAUAUUGUGGAAAACUACAUCUUCCAUAAACUCUCCAAGAGGGGAUACGUUUGGGAAUUUAACGGGGAGGAUGGAGCCGCUGAUAACGGAGGGUUAGGGGACCAUUCGCCCACUUUAGUUCGGCGCUGCCGCGAUGCUGGAGCGGGGCCCCAAAGCGACAGCGACCCCCGCCGCCUCUGCAGGCGGCUCUCCGGCUCCGACCCGCGCGCGGACAUCCACCGGGUCCUGCGCGACGCCGGGGACGAACUGGAGAGACUCUACCAGUUGGACUUCGUGGAAAUGUCCCAGCAGCUUUACCUCACCAGGGACACGGCGAGGACGAGGUUCGCCGAAGUCAUAGACGAACUGUUCCGGGACGGCGUGAACUGGGGUCGGAUUAUCGCUUUCUUCGAGUUCGGCAGCACGGUGUGCGUGGAGUGCGCGUCCAAGGAGGAGAUGCUCUCCCAGGUGGACAACAUCGCGGAGUGGAUGACGGAAUAUUUAAAUGGAACCCUUGACAGCUGGAUACAGGAUAACGGGGGAUGGGAGGCAUUUGUGGAACUGUACGACAGACAAAAGGAGUCCAUUCUGAGCUGCUACUGGCCGUCCAUCAAGACGGUCUUUGGCCUUGCUGCGCUCGGGGCGGCAAGCAUCACCAUCGGGGCGUACCUUGCACAAAAGUGACAGUCUCUCUCUCUCUCUGUAUCCCUCUGACUCCAUCCGUUUACUUUUAUUUCCCAUCGCCCUUCUCCUCUCAUUUUCCUUUUUUUUCCUUGUGCCUACUGUUUUCAAAGACGCCCCUGACCCCCUCAGAGACAACCUUCAGACUGAAUCCGGCUCUCUUCAAAGCCUCUUUGUGAAAAGUUCUGUUCCUCUUGCCCCCUUCUGUCAGAACAGACACAACUCAGAAAACAGCAAAGGGAACCAGAGGUGCAGCCCAAGGAUGCAUCUGAGGUGUGAGCACACUAACCCGAGUGAACCGAGGAGGAACAAGGAGUGCAUGUCUUUUUCUUUUUUUUCCUGCCUGCUUCUGUGCGACUUUAGAGCAUGAUCGUUUGAAUGGUAAAGUAUAGACACAGUAUGCAAGGGUGGAACCUGUAUAAGGAGGGCUUGGUCAUGAAGAAGCAGCAGCAGCAGACACCCCCUCACUUGUUAUAGGACCAUGGAUCCUGUAGGAGCUGCGGACUCCAGUUACCUCCCUACAGCCGUCAUUCAAAGCACUUCUUUUGCAGAACAGCUGCUCUGAACGUGUAAUGGAAACAGCUCACUGCAGCCAGCACAGCGUGUGUCUACUGUUUUCACUCCUCACACUGCUCAGGUGAACACAUUGCACCAUUAUACACCCUCUCUCUCUCUCUCGAUUUGGGUCUGUAAUGGAGGAAAAGAAGGCCUGAGCUCGACUCGGCUGAGAGCUCCUUGAUUUUUGUGUUUGGCUUUAUUUCUCUUGCAUGGCAAACCAAAUGGGGAGGUUUUUGUUUGUGUGUGUGUGUGUGUGUGUGUUUUUUACAAGGAGUAUAAAAUAAAGAUUGAAGGUAUGUUGCCAAGCGUCCUGAGAGGAACAUGGAGCUGAGUGCACAGAGAGAAUGAGUUAGAGGUAGCCUACAAUAAAUGUUGCUUUCUGCAGCCUCUGCUAUAACAGGACAAUUUUAAGACCACAUUCCUCAAGCAGUGUAAUGUGAAGGAGACCAACCCCCCCCUGUUCAUUUUCUAGCUUUUACUAUUAGCACAAACAAUUCAGAGUUUGUGGUCCGACUGUCGACACGUGCGUCCUCCAGUUGCUGCAGUAAUGAAUCCGUUCUGACACUGACAGCUGUUGACGUGGACUGAGAAAUCUGGUGCGGCCACGUGUGACCGGGUGGAAAUCGUGUCAGCAGCAUUUCAGCCCCCGCCGCCCCCUUGUCCAGCUUCUGAAAAAACAUUGAUUUUGUUUUUCUUUCAACCUGUUUUAUUGAUGUUCGUCUUGUGUUACAGUCUGAUGGAAAAAAAAAAAAGUCUUGAAAAAUAUUUUUGUUGUUUGCAACCUCAUAGGUUUUAAAUGGAGAGGGGAGUUUAAUUUUCUGUCUUAGAAAGUCUCCAAAGUCUGUGUUGCAUGGAAGAAAGUCAGACUUAACAGAUUAGACGCUCAUGAUGUGUAACCGUAUUUAUAACAAAGCUACAGAGAAGAAAUAACAACGAAUAAAGCUACAACUCUUUAAUUUAUUUCAAGGUACAAGACUUUCAGAAUUAAACUAGUCACUUUUAUCUUCCUUCUUCUAUGAAAUCACACUGUAAACUACAUACUUUCCUGGCUGCUAAUAUAACAAUGUGUAGAAAUUAAUCUUUUUUUGUUGCGUUGAUCUUCGGCUUUGAGGCUGCUAUACUGUCAAGAUUAUAAUUUUUCCUCACAGCUUAAACUGCCACAAAUUUACAGUGUACAUGUGUAGAGAGCUGGAAACCAAAGUAAACUAGUAAUGAUCCAAUUCAAAAUGCAUCAUACAUGGAGCACAGUGCCAUGCAAAAGGGUUUUUCACAGGUAUUGUGUUUUUUUAGUGGGAAUUUAGGCUAGAUAAAGACUAAGUGGUGCACAGUUGUAAAGUAGAAAGAACAGGAUCCAUAGCUUUCAAAUUAUUUUUAUGAAAAAUAAAACAUACCUUUUGAAAUCCCGAUAAAAUCACAAACAGUCCUCAUUGCAUUAACUUAAAAUGCAAGGUGUAUGGCCUAGAACUGCAAUUCUACUGGCAGAUUUUGUCGACCACCUACGCUGAAAGGUUGGGCAAUAAGAGCAUUCAUUAAGGAAACAGUCCAGCCUCUUAUGUUAACAACGCAAACGUCCCCAUAGUUCAUUUAGGAGGAUCUGUAAACAGGACAGCUUUGGUGUGCUCUCUACAAAGCUGGCCUUUAAGAGAUGAAAGAGGCCAUUGUUUCAAGUAAGGUGUGAGAAGCAUGUAGGAAACACAGCAAAGAUACGGAUGAAGGUAAUCUGGACAGAUGAGGACGUAAAUGACCUUUGUAGCCUGUGUGAAAAUCGUUGCAUGUCACAGAAAAAUACUUUGAGUUUGGUGAUCUGGUAAGAAAAGAGGUUGAGACUGGGUGGGGUU